UUCAAGACGAAACAUAAAAGAGAGACUUGAGGAAGUUUUCAUUGGUCUCAUUUGCACAAUUCCACGCCUAAGGCUCAAACUAGAUGUGUGAGUGAGGUGACGGGUGAGAAAGAGAAGAGAAAACUGUGAGUGUGUGUGUGAGACACACACACAAACAGAGUGAGAGAGAGAGAGAGAGAGAGAGAGUCAGAGAGAUGAGUUCCACUCCACCCACAUUCAUUUGUGUCCAAUGUGAGGGGGAGGUGAAGCAGUUCAGAGCGUGCUGUGCUAUUAACUAGCAUUAUUUAGUUGCCUCAGUCUGGAGAAGAGACUAGACAAGACUGUUCCUCAUCAGAAUUCCACCCAGUUGGAGCAGCAAUGACCUCCCAGCUGAAACUCCGUAAGGAGAGGGUUGGUUUGGCGGACUAUGACACACAAAUCAAAGAAGUGCGUUGCCAGCUUGUAGACCAGCUGAAGGUGUUGGAUUUGCAACUUGAGCAGAAGAGCCAGCAGCUGCAGGACCUGAUGGACUACCUACGACGACGGGGUGAGAUUGAAAGCGAAUAUUCUCGCUCACUUGAAAAGCUUGCGGAACGGUUCACCUCCAGGAUCAAGAGGAAGGAGCCCAGUAGUCACUCAGUGACCCAGGUCUGGCUUGCUCUUCUGUCCCAGACCCGCCAAGAAAGUAGGGACCACAAUGGGCUGAGUGAGAGCUGCAGCAACUUCCUCAUCCAGCCUCUCACACACUGCAUAGAGUACACACAACACCUUGCCAAGAAGAGUAAAGACAUUUGUAUUCAGCUGCAAGAUGGACUACUCAAGGUUACCACAGAGAUGCAGACUACAUGGCGAACAUACUACCAGUACUACUCAGACUAUGUGAGUGCAGAGGGGAAGCUGAAGGAGGCAGAGAAACAAGAAGAAAAGCAGAAGCAGAGUGCUGCCAAGAAACUGGAGAGGCUGAUAGAAAAAAGACAAAGUAAGGUCCAAGAAAACUACCUGAAGUGCAGCAAGGCCCGAAACGAUUACCUCCUAAACUUGGCUAUAGCCAAUGCCUCCAUGAAUAAAUACUACCUCCAAGACAUUUCCACUCUCAUAGAUUGUGCAGAUGCAGGGUACCACCUCUCUUUGGGUCGGGUGAUGCAGGCCUAUCUGUCCAGUCGUUGGCGGACCCAACAGAACCUGAGCACAGGACUGCAGCAGCUUCAAGUCACUGUGUCUGAACUAAACCAGUGCCAGGACAGAGACACCUUCCUGCAGGACCACUAUAAUGUGUUCUGUAUGCCCCUUCGCUUCCCCUAUCAGCCUCAUGAUGGAGACCAGGUUUGUGAGGUUUGCGCAGAGGGUGAGAUGGAGACCAGACUCAAACAGAUGCAAACCAGACUGAAAGCAGUCACCCAGGAAAUGGAGGAGGCUAAUAAGAGCAUGGCGGCAGCACAGGCUUCCCUGCUGGAGAGCAUCAGUGAUGAUGAUCUGGACCCCUGCAGUGGCUCGUUUCAAGAAGGCAGCACUGAGAACCUGACAGUCAAGCCCAAUGUGGCCCGACGGAGGGCCAACCUGCAGGAAACGGAAAACAUUUACAUCAUUAGGGUAAAAGAGUACCUUACAGUCAGCUCCCUGGUGUGCAAACUGCAAGCCAGACAUGACCAGUUUAAAGUGGCUGUGGAAAAAGCUGAAGCAUCAAAUGGACAUCAGUCGAGACACAUUGGAAAGUCUUUGCGUGUCAGGAAGAAUCCCUCGAGUACCAAUUUAAUGCACAACCACAAACUUUUCAAUGGAGACAUGCUGUCCUUUAUACAGGCAUCAGGACAGCAGAUUCCGGUUGUUGUGGAAAGUUGCAUAUGCUUUAUCAACCUAAAUGGUCUCCACCAUGAAGGAAUAUUUAGAGUGCCAGGGUCUCAGAUGGAGAUCAACAACCUGAGGGAUGCAUUUGAGAGAGGAGAGGACCCCCUGGCUGAGCGGAAAUAUGACCUGGACUCUGUUGCUGGAGUGCUGAAGCUCUACUUCAGAGGUCUGGACAAUCCCCUCUUCCCCAUUGAAAGCACCAACCAGCUCCUGGAGCAUGUCCAAAUAAAGAACGAGGCAGAGAGAGCUGCUCAGCUCAAAUUGGUCAUCUCUUCCUAUCCCAAGCCUGUCAUCAUUGUUAUGAGAUACCUCUUUGCAUUCCUUCAUCAUGUGUCUCAGUACAGUGACGAGAACAUGAUGCAGCCUUACAACUUGGCUGUGUGUUUUGGCCCCAGCCUGGUAAGAGGGGCUGACGACGACGAUGUCGUCACCCUGCAACCUCAGAUCAACGCCCUGGUAAAAAAUAUCAUCCUGCAGCAUGAAAACAUUUUCCCCAGCCAGGGCGAAUUACAAGGACCGAUGUAUGAGAAAUGCAUGACACUGGAGCAGGAUGACUGUGAGAUUAUCAUAGAAGAAGGAGAUGUAGAUGCAGAGUACACACAGAACAAAGAUGAAGUGGAAACAGGAUGCUCAACUGACAACAACACUAGGUCAUCUGCAGCACCAACACAGCAAAAAACAGAGCGUCCCAGAGCCAACAGCAGCGGUUCAAUAGAUCAGAGUAGGUUAAGUAGGCCAGCAGGGGGCAGCGUCGCCUCAGGGGGAAAGAUAUUGCUCCAGAUUCCCAUUGGGCCACAGUGCAAACCAGGGCGGGUCCACUCUCCUGGCAAUGUGCGCAGAGAAUUUCAGGCACACUUAUCUUAUGAGGAUAUUCCUGUUCAAGUAGACAAGGAGGUCUGUCGCCAUAUGGAUUUGGUCUUCAAGGAACUCUCUAUUCGACAAGUAGUGCAGGAUUCCUCCUCCACCACCCUCUCUCCCACUACCCAAGCUCCCCAAAGCAAAGGGAAACGCGACGGACGCAGGGGGAAAUGAGCAGGGCUCUUUAAAGCAGCAGAUCCACUGCUCUGAAACCACUGGCAGUAGUAGAUGACAACAGAUGAUGCAAAUGAAAACUUGUUUUGUGCAGAAGAACCAUGCGUGACUGCAGACCUGCAGUACAAUGUGAAAACUGCACUGAAUGUGCAACUAUCUGCAUCUGCAUAGUUAAUAUAUGGUUUCAAAGACAAAUACCCAUAAUUUUAAGUCAGUACACACACGUCUACAUACAAGCGCAUACCAAAAUGAGAACAUAGUUGUAACUGUGAAUACUGCAGUUCAAGGAAUUUGUAUAUAAUUGUUUGGAUCUUUGUUCACACUUUGAUUUGUCUACGUAGACUUCAUGCAAAAUAAAUAUUUUGUCUAUUCGGA